AUGAUUUCUGCUAAUUCAUUACUUAUUUCCACUUUGUGCGCUUUUGCGAUCGCAACACCUUUGUCAAAAAGAGAUUCCUGUACCCUAACAGGAUCUUCUUUGUCUUCACUCUCAACCGUGAAAAAAUGUAGCAGCAUCGUUAUUAAAGACUUAACUGUCCCAGCUGGACAGACUUUAGAUUUAACUGGGUUAAGCAGUGGUACUACUGUUACGUUUGAAGGCACAACCACAUUUCAGUACAAGGAAUGGAGCGGCCCUUUAAUUUCAAUCUCAGGGUCUAAAAUCAGCGUUGUUGGUGCUUCGGGACAUACCAUUGAUGGUCAAGGAGCAAAAUGGUGGGAUGGCUUAGGUGAUAGCGGUAAAGUCAAACCGAAGUUUGUAAAGUUGGCGUUGACGGGAACAUCUAAGGUCACCGGAUUGAAUAUUAAAAAUGCUCCACACCAAGUCUUCAGCAUCAAUAAAUGUUCAGAUUUAACCAUCAGCGACAUAACAAUUGAUAUCAGAGACGGUGAUUCGGCUGGUGGUCAUAAUACGGAUGGGUUUGAUGUUGGUAGUUCUAGUAACGUCUUAAUUCAAGGAUGUACUGUUUAUAAUCAGGAUGACUGUAUUGCUGUGAAUUCCGGUUCAACUAUUAAAUUUAUGAACAACUACUGCUACAAUGGCCAUGGUAUUUCUGUAGGUUCUGUUGGUGGCCGUUCUGAUAAUACAGUCAAUGGUUUCUGGGCUGAAAAUAACCAUGUUAUCAACUCUGACAACGGGUUGAGAAUAAAAACCGUAGAAGGUGCGACAGGCACAGUCACUAAUGUCAACUUUAUCAGUAAUAAAAUUAGCGGCAUAAAAAGUUAUGGUAUUGUUAUCGAAGGCGAUUAUUUGAAUAGUAAGACUACUGGAACUGCUACAGGUGGCGUUCCCAUUUCGAAUUUAGUAAUGAAGGAUAUCACCGGGAGCGUGAACUCCACAGCGAAGAGGGUUAAAAUUUUGGUGAAAAACGCUACUAACUGGCAAUGGUCUGGGGUGUCAAUUACCGGUGGUUCUUCCUAUUCUGGAUGUUCUGGAAUCCCAUCUGGAUCUGGUGCAAGCUGUUAA